CUCCGUGUAGAGAAGACUUUUUGCAGAUGUGUUUCAGCAUGGGUAGUUGAAACAGCGGGACACGAGCUCGCUAACGUAGCUAACGUUAACUCAGUAUCGUAACUUCAAAAAUAUAUACGUGCUUCAAUACCACAAUAUUCCUCGUAAAUGGACAGCUUAAUAGAUUAACCGGAGAGUGGGUAACCUGUACUUGACUUAAACUGAUUUGUGAAUUUAAUUCCAUUUUCCCUUUUUUUGAUCGAGAAGGAAAAAAAUGCCAGUAGCAACUCUAUUGCCUUUCACGGCAACCCCAAGUAGGAAGUCUGCUAGUCCGACCUCCUUCAGACUAACGGAGAAAUUCAUUUUACUUUUAGUUUUCAGCGCUUUUAUCACUCUCUGUUUCGGGGCGAUCUUCUUCUUGCCGGAUUCGUCCAAGCUUCUCAGCGGAGUUUUCUUCCACUCGUCCUCAGUAGAAACCGACACUCGAACAGGUACGGACAGCGAUUCCAGUAUCGCGGUGGGGAAGGACGAGAAGAUUUUGGCCAAGAUUCGCAAAGACCACGAAAGGGCUCUGGUCGAAGCUAAGGACACCCUCCAGAAGCGGGCGGACGAAAUACAGCAAGAUAUCAGGAACGAGAAGGAGAAAGUUGCCAGAGAAGGUUUCGGGAAAGGUGGAAAAGAUGACAGCCUGCCUGUUAUUGACUAUCUGCGUCCACCGGGAGCAACAGGGCAUGAGCCGUCAGAUCCGGAAACCAGGGAGAAAAGGGCAAAAAUAAAGGAGAUGAUGAAGUUCGCCUGGGAGAGUUACAAGCGCUAUGCCUGGGGAUCCAAUGAGCUGCGACCCGUCUCCAAGCAAGGCCACUCCAGCAAUCUGUUCGGCAGCAUCCAGGGUGCGACCAUCGUGGACGCCCUCGACACCCUGUACAUCAUGGAGAUGUACGACGAGUUUGACGCCGCCACGGAGUGGGUGGAGAAGAACCUGGACUUCAAUGUGAACGCAGAGGUCUCCGUCUUUGAAGUGAACAUCCGGUUUGUUGGAGGACUGCUGUCGGCCUACUACCUUUCAGGCAAAGAGGUGUUCAGGAGGAAGGCGGUGGAGCUGGGAGAGAAGCUGCUGCCGGCCUUCAAGACCCCGACAGGGAUCCCCUGGGCGCUCCUGAACCUGAAGAGUGGCAUCGGGAGGAACUGGCCCUGGGCGUCGGGGGGCAGCAGCAUCCUGGCAGAGUAUGGAACCCUCCACCUGGAGUUCAUGCACCUGAGCAAGCUGUCAGGGAAGCCUGUGUUUGCUGAGAAGGUCAUGAAUAUCCGCAAGGUUCUGAAUCGACUGGACAAGCCCCAGGGACUGUACCCCAACUACCUGAACCCCAACAGCGGCCAGUGGGGCCAGCAUCACGUGUCCGUCGGAGGUUUGGGUGACAGCUUUUACGAGUACCUGCUGAAGGCAUGGCUGAUGUCUGACAAGACGGACGAGGAAGGGAAGAAGCUGUAUUAUGAAGCUCUGCAGGCCAUCGAGACGAGCCUGAUCCGGAAGUCGAGCGGGGGCCUGACGUACAUCGCCGAGUGGAAGGGCGGCCUGCUGGAGCACAAGAUGGGCCACCUGACCUGCUUCGCGGGCGGCAUGUUCGCCCUGGGCGCCGAUGGCGCCCCCGACGACAAGACUGGGCACCAGAUGGAGCUGGCGGCGGAGAUCGCACGCACGUGCCACGAGUCCUACGCUCGCACCAAUCUGAAGCUGGGUCCUGAAGCCUUCCGGUUCGACGGCGGAGUGGAGGCCAUUGCCACGCGGCAGAACGAGAAGUAUUUCAUCCUGCGGCCGGAGGUCAUCGAGACCUACAUGUACAUGUGGAGGUUCACCCACGACCCCAAGUACCGGCAGUGGGGCUGGGAGGCCAUGCAGGCCCUGGAGCAGCACUGCAAGGUGGAAGGGGGGUACAGCGGAGUCCGGGACGUCUACGCCUCGCACCCCAGCCACGACGACGUGCAGCAGAGCUUUUUCCUGGCUGAGACGCUCAAAUACCUGUACCUGCUGUUCUCAGAAGAUGACCACCUCCCCUUCGAGCACUGGGUGUUCAACACCGAGGCCCACCCCCUCCCCAUCAUCAGGAAGGACAACACAGACAAGCCCAGCCCCCUGGAGUAGCCGACCCGGAGCCGGAAACCAUAUCCACACAGGAACUCUGCCUUCUUAAGCCCCGCCCCCCUCCUCCUUACAUCAUGCUGUAGUGGGUGGAGCUAGCACGCCCUCUCCUUGUCAUGGGCGUCACUAUUGACCUCCUUCUCCCCUGCUGGGGUGGAGCUGUACUGGAGUGUUCCUUUGCACAGUCGGGUCUUUUCCUCGACUGACCACUGCACCCCCCCCCCCCCCCCC